GAUGUGAAAAGUGUUUGCCCAUGGGUGAUAGGGUGUUGUUGUCUUUCAUCAUUUUUCUGUGUAAGUUCAUUCGAGAGCAAAGUCUCUUUUCAGCCACGUUGUUGGGGCAUUUGAUGCACUGGAUGAGGUAUACCACAUGUGAUAGGCCUGUGUAGGACUCAUGGAUCUUGAAAGGUGUGUUUUGGCGAGGCGGGGUUGAUCAUCAAAGCAGUGAAGAGAUGUCUGUAGGUUUUGCAUCUGUUGUUCUGGCAGGGUCUGGUGCUGUUUUGAAUUGGUGUGUUCUGGUCUGCGAGGAGCUUGCUUCUGAUGGGUGAGCUUGGCAAGGUUGUUUGAAGGCCGGAAAAGGGGGUUUGGGAAAGAUUUCUUGCAGGAUGUGGUCCCCAUCAAGUAUGCAUUGUAGUUAUUUGAUGAUGCCCUGUAUUGGUUCUAGCCUGGGGUGGUAGAUGACAGCUAGGGGCAUUUGAUCAGUGAAGGUUUUUUCCCUCUGAGCUUGAAGCAGGUUCUCCCUGGUAUUUGGACAGCCCGUUCCAUGAUGUCGUCUGCUUCUCUGGUGGAGUGUCCUUAUUUAGUGAAGGCUGUUUUAAGUGUGUUAAGGCAGAGGUUCUCAACCUUUUUCUUUCUGAGGCCCCCCCCCAACAUGCCAAAAAAACUCCAUGGACUACCUGUGCCACAGCUAUUUUUCUUCAUAUAAAAGCCAGGGCCAGCAUUAGAAGGUAGCAAGCUGGGCAGUUUCCUGGGCCCCAGCAAGUCUAAUGCAGGCCCUGUGUAGUGGACCAUCUGAAACCUGCUCGUGGCCCCACAGGGGGCCCUGAACCAUUGGUUGAGAACCAGUGUGUUAAGAUAUGUAUUUUGGAUUUUCUCUUUGGUGCAUAUUCUGUGGUAUCUGGGCACCUGGCUGAUAACUGAAUCCGUGGAGGUGAGUGUGGUGAUCUGUGGGUGUCUUGUAUACAGUUUUCUGUAGGUUUCCAUUAUUGAAGGUGAUCAUGGUAUUCAGAAAGUUGAUGCUGGCGUGGAAGUGUUCUAGAGAGAGUUUGAUGGUUGGGUGUUGGUUGUUGAAGUGGUGGUAGAAAUCUAUGAGGGAGUUUAGGCCAUCUGUCCAGAGGAUGAAAUAUCAAUGUAUAUUGGAUAUAUCAUUAAUUUUGUGGUGCAUUUUUCCAGAAUUUCUUUCUCAAUGUGGCCCAGGGAGAGGUUGGCAUACUGGGGAGCCAUCCUAGUAUCCACGGCUGUUCCAUGGUUUUGCCAAAGUGUUAAUGUAAAGGUGUUAUGGGUGAGGAUGAAAUGGAUGAGUUUGGCUAUGUGUCUGGGGUGGCUUUCUGAGCAUUGUCCAUUGUCUUGUUAGAAAUUUAAGGCAGGCAAGCAUCGCCAUCAUGGUGAGGGAUGUUGGUUUAUAGGGAGGUGACAUCUAUGGUGGCAAGUACUGUGUUAAUGUUGUAGAGUUUCUGAAGGAAAUCAGUUGUGUCCUGGAGGAAACUGGCUGUUUGUGUGGUGAGUGGUUUGAGGAUGGUCUUUGAGUCCUGGUAUUCCUUCAGUAAGCGUGCCGUAGCCAGAUAUGAUAGGUCUGCAUAGGUUCCCUUGUUUGUGUAUCUUGAGGCGCAUGUAGAAGGUCCCUGGGGUUAGUUUGUGGGGGAUGAGGUUGUAGGGUUUCUCUUGGAGAUGUUUGGGGGUAGGAUUUGAUUAUAUCCUUAAAUUCCUGUGUGAAUUGUGGUGUGGGAUCUUUUUUAAGUUCUUUAUAGUAGAUGGUGUCUGAGAGCUGUUGGUUGGCGCAGUCAUCAUGAUUGAGCACUAUGAUGGCCGCCCCCUUUGUCUGCUGGUUGGAUUUCCGAGAGCAUAGAGCUAUCCUCUCGGUGGUGAAGAGAUUGUGAUGGAUGUCAUGUUUAAGGAUUUCACUUGAUUUUUUUUUUUUCCCUCUUGGAGCAGUCGAUGUUACGAUCAAGUAAGUUUGUGUGGUUUUGUCCACUGGAGAGUGGCCAGAGUUUUUUCUUGUAACUGCCAGCGGGGAUGAGAUAUACUGUAUUCUGGACGUCUCACACUGAUCCAACUGAAACGCUGCAGCAGUUCUAUUUUAUAAAGCUUCCUUUGCAUAUCCCCUGCAAGAUAAUGAUAAUUUAUACUUAUACAGCAUCUUUCAUCUGAGGUGCCUUACAAAGGAUAUUGUUAAUUUCACAAACUUGGAGUAGCAUUACAAAUCUGGAAUCCAUGUCUUUUCUUCGGUGGGUGUCCGAAAAGUUCAUUGUAGAAGGCUUGAGAGAAUUUGAACUGUUUGGAGUACAGAUUUUGAACUUGAAAAGGAUAAUUACAGAAACUGCAAAUUUUCCAAAUGUUUGUUGCUGAGUCAGUAUUGAAGCUGAUAGAAGAGAAGCCUUUAAGUGUAACUGUGACCAAUGAUGCGAGCUCCGAGUCGAUAGCAUCUUCCCCUAAAAGGGACACCAUGAGCAGCUUUUUACCAGACAGCAGCUGUUAUGAGUUGCUCACCAUAAUAGGCCAUGGCUUUGAGGAGCUGAUGACCGUGAACCUGGCCAGGUAUAAACCAUCAGGAGAAUAUGUCACAGUCAGAAGGAUUAACCUGGAAGCCUGCACCAAUGAGAUGGUGACAUUCUUGCAGGGUGAACUUCAUGUGUCCAAACUCUUCAACCACCCCAACAUUGUGCCAUAUAAAGCGACCUUCAUAGCGGACAAUGAGCUAUGGGUAGUGACCUCCUUCAUGGCUUAUGGUUCUGCGAAGGAUUUGAUCUGUACCCAUUUCAUGGAUGGAAUGAGUGAACUGGCUAUUGCUUAUAUCCUCCAGGGUGUUCUGAAGGCUCUUGACUACAUUCACCAUAUGGGCUAUGUACAUAGGAGCGUGAAAGCCAGCCACAUCCUGAUCUCUGUGGAUGGGAAGGUGUACCUCUCAGGUCUGCGCAGUAACCUAAGCAUGAUCAACCACGGGCAGCGGCUCAGAGUUGUCCAUGACUUCCCCAAAUAUAGCAUCAAGGUCCUACCAUGGCUCAGUCCUGAAGUCUUGCAGCAGAAUCUCCAGGGUUAUGAUGCAAAAUCUGACAUUUACAGUGUGGGGAUAACAGCCUGUGAACUGGCAAAUGGACACGUCCCGUUCAAAGACAUGCCUGCUACUCAGAUGCUGUUGGAGAAGCUGAACGGAACUGUUCCAUGCCUGCUAGACACCACCACGAUCCCUGCUGAGGAGCUGACCAUGAAAACCUCCCGCUCGUGUGCUAACUCCGGGAUCGGUGAAGGAAUGGCAGUUGGCAACGUGAGGGCAGCCAAUGGGGAGGCAACACUGCACCCUUACCAUCGGACUUUCUCACCCCACUUUCAUCACUUCGUGGAGCAGUGCCUGCAGCGUAACUCCGACUUGAGGCCAAGUGCAAGCACCCUGCUGAAUCAUUCCUUUUUCAAGCAGAUCAAACGUCGGGCGUCCGAAGCACUUCCUGAACUACUGCGCCCUGUCACACCAAUCACCAACUUCGAAGGUACGCGGCCACAGGAUCCCAGUGGCAUUUUUGGACUGGUAUCCAGUCUGGAACAGCUAGAGGUGGAUGACUGGGAAUUCUAGAGCAACGUGGCAAAUAAUACGGUUCUCAAGCCCUUGAAGGCGCUUUCUGGACAUAGUAAUUUAUUGACCCCUCUCAAAUGAAGCCGCGAUGAAUGUUACAUGCAGAAGAGUUUACAUGACUAUGGGUAAGGAACUUCACCUGGUCGUUUACUUGAGGAGUAGAGCCUGGAAUCACCCUUGGACACAAACUAGCUGGAAAAAGGGAUCUGUUUGUCGGAAAAGCCGAAUGUUCCCUGCUUGGUGCCAGGAGUCUCCCAGCUCUUGCUGUUGAGCACCAGCUAUAGGCUGUAUUAGGAGUUUUGCUCGCCAGAAUUGAGUCAGUCCCAAUUUGUUGGUCUUCAUACACAUCAUUUUCACCAUGUUACUGGCUCUCUAAUGUCCCUAGUUCAGAGGGUUCUGUGUGUCUUUCGAUCGCCCCUUUGUUUUGUUCCUUUCCAAGGGUGCCUUUGAGACGAACGUGGGAGAGGGGAGAAGCAAUGCAACUCUUCUUAGACUUGGACAGUCUCUUCUGGACCGCCAGGUUACCACUGUGGCAUUCUUCUCACUCUUUUGGCAAUAACAGAUUUAGCCUGCUGCUUUGAGAGGAAAAUGGAAGACCAGACAGCACUGGAAAAAGGUGUCCCCUUCUGUUCCAGCCGCGCUCAGAGAAUCCUCUGCAAGGCUGCAUUAGUCUCUUCAAGGAGACGGGGUAGAUCUUUGUGGGGUUUUUUUUAAACUCUUGCCAUGUGGUGUUGAAUGCCCUGAAGUGCAGGUCAGAGCACCCCAGGCUUCUGGGACUAACCAGCCGCUCCUGUCUCUUCAUGUAGCCACCUCAGCCACCGGCUGCAUUUUUUAAAAGCAAGAUGUAGUUUUGAAUGUCUUUGAAACUGCACCAUGCUAUAUUUUACAACAAAUGCCAUUUAUCUGGCUGGUCCCAUCCUGCAGCAAGGCUAAUGUCACUGCAUGAAACAUGCUGGCCAGCUUCUGUUUCUGAGAACCUACCAUGGGAGGUGGGGGAGGGAAGUUUGGAGCUCGCUCUCUCUGCGACUCUGUGCCCUGCCAUGGGCGGACCCUCUGCUGCUGGGGCAGCUCUCCCUUCCCUGUGGUGGUCAGGUUCUCCAGACUGCAUUUUAAGGCCUUUUGUUCAUCCUUUCUAAGCAUCAUAGAUCUUCCUUCUCAAUGGAGCACUGAGAAUCCGGUCCUGUACCGGUGGUGACCGAGAACAGUGGUGCUGGCAACAGGUCCUUUUUGUGUUUAUAAGCUGUACUUGAACCCGAAUAAAGUUUGUUACUCUAGUUUUGUUGCCAAAACAAAUAAAAAUGUAAGUAUU